AUGCGUGACGGCGUACCAGCCACUUCCGUCAAGGGUCCAGGCUUGCGUAACAACAAUGACUCCGCGACCUCGACUUCUUUGAUGCUCGAGCGCUCAAAGACGGCCCACUUUAACAAAGCCGGCCCACUGCACAUGAACGCUUAUCCUUUCGUACCUGCAUCUACCAAACCAAUCGACGCACCACUCUCCACGAACCUGCGUUCCUCUGCGAACCACAACAACAUGGCGUUCCUCCGCGACGUUUCCGACCGCUUUUGGAACUAUGUGAGCCCGCGCAAAACACAACAACGGCGAGACAAGGAGUUCAAGGUCCCCGCUGUUCCAAUCAGACCCACGCCGCUGAAGAAGCAGGUCGCGACACCAGAGUCGCGCGACAUGAGCCCAAAGUCGCGCGUCAAGGUCUGGACCGUACGCACCCCGAGUCCGCAGAGCGAGUUCGACGGCAACAUGGAUAUCGACCAGACGCUGCUGCCGCCGUCGCCCCCUGCCUCGACAAAACAGAUGGACGAUCUCGAGGGCGACACAAUGGUCGCUUCCCCGGGUGCCGAAAACACAAAGGCAGCGUCAUCGGACGAUGAGGUGGAUGCAAAUGAGGAUACGAUACUUGUCGAGGACGGAAACUACAUGGGCCAGUCCAUCGAUGUCGACAAGGAGAGGGAGAGGCGAGAGAACCAAGGCCGUCAGCUCCGAGCUGCUGGCUGGUCUGAGGACGCCGUAUUCCUGUUCCAAAAGCUGGGGAUGCGCGGCUUCGAACCACUGCUGCCAAUCGAGUGGAUCGAUGACCUCGAGACGCUACCAGAGGAUCUCUUCACUGCAAGGGUAGAUAAGGCUUUCUUGCGCCCCGCACACGGCAGUGGCUUCCGUGCCCAACAAGCGCUCAGCAACCUCUUUGAUCUUGGCGGCCGUGUCCGCGAUGCGAAAGUCACCAAGGCGCAGAAGCGCAGACCAGAAUACCACGUCAAGCGCGCCGUGCAAAAAUACACCACCUGGGCUAUCAAAGACGGCGGGGUUGACCAACUCUGGCCUGAACUGCCACUUUUCAAGACAGUCACAUGGCCCAAGAAAGUCCACUCCAGCGUCGGUGAGCGCAUGAUGCUACAGAAACUCGGCGAUCUCUACAACCAAUGGCACCAUGCCCUCGGCAUCGAUCAAGCCGAAGAGCGCGGGGACAUGGUCGUGCCCGAGGUCCCUACUCUCUACGGAGUGACCGCGUCGCACACCGUCAUGGCUUUCGUCAGCUAUGCGCCUCCGACAGAAGAGCAAGAGCAGCCGCAGCUCAGGCUGAUCGCCAUGUUCAACUUCAAGCACGAAGGUUACGACGUCUGGCACGCUCUCGCCAUGGCCAUCUUCGUCACGCACUGCCGCAACCGCAUGAUGCAGCUCAAGGAGAUGAUUCCCGAGCCGGACCUCCUGACAGAGACGGACCCAGACCUAUGA